GAAAGGGAAGAUGAGGAAGAUGAGGAAGAGAAAGAAAGAAAGAAAGAGAAAGAACAGAGAGUGAGUGAGAGAGAGAGAAGGAGAGAAGAGAGAAGAGAGAGAAAAGUAAGAAGAUGAA